CGCACACUUACUGCCUGGAGCAUCUUAAUCGCUGUGCUAUGUAUGCAUGUCUCAUACCAAAAGUAGUCGCUGCUUCUGCGUUCCUGCAGCAGCAGCAGCAUAGAGCAGCAUCCUUCUCAGACUGUGCUUUUCGGUUUUGAAGAAAGUUGCCUAGUAUUGCCUCUGGAUUUGUCCUUUCCUGUUUUUGUUUUAUGGAUCAUGAAGGUUUCAUCAUUUCUUGUAAAGAGCAGUGCUGGCAGUGUUCUCCUGUGCUUCUGAGGACUGCUUUCCAAAUGUUUUAGCUGUGGAGACAUGAAGACUAAAUUGAGGCUUUCCUGCAGUGAGAAUUUCCAUUCCACUUGCCAAUAAUGCAUGAGUUACAAAUUUAAUGGCAGACCUUGAGGUAUAUAAAAAUUUAAGUCCAGAAAAAGUUGAAAGAUGCAUGAGUGUUAUGCAAUCUGGGACUCAGAUGGUUAAGCUGAAGAGUGGAACCAAAGGACUAGUUCGUCUCUUCUACCUGGAUGAGCACAGAACCUGCAUUCGAUGGAGACCAUCCAGAAAAAGCGAAAAGGCAAAAAUUGUCAUUGAUUCUAUUUACAAAGUCACUGAAGGCCGGCAGUCUGAAAUUUUCCACCGCCAUGCAGAGGGGAACUUUGACCCGAGCUGUUGCUUUACCAUUUACCAUGGCAGCCACAUGGAGUCACUGGAUCUGAUUACAUCUAACCCAGAGGAAGCUCGCACCUGGAUCACAGGACUGAAAUAUUUGAUGGCUGGAAUAAGUGAUGAGGACUCACUUGCUAAGCGACAGAGAACACAUGAUCACUGGGUCAAACAAACCUUUGAGGAGGCUGACAAGAAUGGAGAUGGUCUGCUGAAUAUUGAAGAGAUCCACCAGCUGAUGCAUAAACUAAAUGUUAACCUGCCCCGCAGGAAGGUCCGGCAGAUGUUUCAGGAAGCAGACACAGAUGAGAACCAGGGAACCCUAAAUUUUGAAGAAUUUUCAGUGUUUUACAAGAUGAUGUCCUUACGUCGAGAUCUCUACUUACUGCUCUUAAGUUACAGUGACAAGAAGGAUCACCUCACUGUUGAAGAACUUGCUCAGUUUCUAAAGGUGGAACAAAAGAUGAAUAAUGUGACACCAGAAUAUUGUCUUGACAUCAUACAGAAGUUUGAAGUAUCAGAAGAAAACAAGAAACAGAAUGUUCUUGGGAUUGAAGGUUUCACCAAUUUCAUGCGCAGUCCUGCUUGCGAUAUAUUUAAUCCGCUGCACUGCGAAGUGCACCAGGAUAUGGAUCAACCCCUUUGUAACUACUUUAUUGCUUCAUCUCACAAUACAUACCUGACGGGAGACCAACUGCUGUCCCAGUCCAGAGUGGAGAUGUAUGCACGAGUGCUGCAAGAUGGUUGUCGAUGUGUUGAAGUGGACUGCUGGGAUGGUCCAGAUGGAGAGCCGGUAGUGCACCAUGGUUACACUCUUACUUCUAAAAUACUUUUCCGUGAUGUGGCAGAAACUAUCAAUAAAUACGCCUUCAUCAAAAACGAGUUUCCGGUGAUACUAUCUAUUGAAAACCAUUGCAGUAUUCAGCAGCAAAAGAAGAUUGCUCAGUACAUGAAGGAGAUAUUUGGUGACAAACUGGACUUGUCAUCUGUAGUCACUGCAGAUUACAGACAACUUCCUAGCCCUCAAAAUUUGAAAGGGAAAAUUCUAGUGAAGGGUAAAAAGUUGCCUUGCAGUCUCGGGCCAGAUGCUGAGGAAGGAGAAGUUUCAGAUGAGGAUAGUGCUGAUGAAAUUGAAGAUGACUGCAAAUUAAAGCCUAGCUAUAGUAAUGGUGCAACUGAGCACCAGGUGGAAUCUUUUAUAAGAACAAAACUGGAAUCUCUAAUAAAAGAAUCCCAAAUCAGGGACAAAGAAGAUCCUGACAGCUUCACUGUGAGAGCCCUACUAAAGGCAACUCAUGAGGGUUUAAAUGUUAACCUGAAGCAGAACCUGGAUGUAAAAGAAGGUGGAAAAAAGUCUCAUAGUCGAUCAUUAAUGGGCAACUUCGGUAAACACAAAAAAGCUGUGAAGGUAGCAUCCAAAUACCAUAGUGCAUCAGAUGAUGAUGAAAGCCAGCAAACACCCUGUGGAAAGGAAAUGGGGCAGCUCCACAGCAGACUGGCUCAUCGAAGAAGAACAGUGAAGCUGUGCCGAGCUCUCUCUGACCUAGUGGUGUACACAAACUCUGUGGCUGCCCAGGAUAUAGUAGAUGAUGGAUCAACAGGGAAUGUGCUAUCAUUCAGUGAAACAAGAGCCCACCAAGCAGUGCAGCAGAAGGCCGAGCAGUUUAUGCUUUACAACCAGAAACAGCUUACAAGGGUGUAUCCAUCAGCCUAUCGGAUUGACUCCAGCAAUUUCAAUCCUUUACCUUACUGGAACGUUGGCUGCCAGUUAGUGGCACUAAACUACCAGUCUGAGGGACGUGUGAUGCAGUUAAAUGAAGCAAAAUUUAGGGUAAACGGCAACUGUGGUUAUGUCCUCAAACCUCAGCAGAUGUGCAAAGGCACAUUCAACCCCUACUCUGCUGAUCCACUUCCUGCCAGUCCUAAAAAGCAGUUUAUUCUGAAAAUCAUCAGUGGACAGCAGCUACCUAAGCCCCCUGACUCCAUGUUAGGGGACAGAGGAGAGAUAAUAGAUCCCUUUGUUGAGGUGGAAAUCAUUGGGCUACCUGUUGACUGCUGUAAAGAUCAGACCAGGGUGGUUGAUGACAAUGGGUUUAAUCCUGUUUGGGAAGAAACACUCACUUUCACUGUCCACAUGCCUGAAAUAGCUUUGGUGCGAUUUCUUGUUUGGGACCAUGAUCCUAUAGGGCGAGACUUCGUUGGACAAAGAACCCUGGCCUUUAGUAGUCUUGUGCCUGGUUAUCGUCAUGUGUAUUUAGAAGGACUGACAGAAGCUUCCAUAUUCGUUCAUAUAAUCAUAAAUGACAUCUAUGGAAAGUGGAGUCCUUUAAUCCUCAAUCCCAGUUACACAAUAUUGCACUUUCUAGGAGCCACAAAGAAUAAGCAACUGAUAGGACUCAGGGGUCUGUUUAACAAGAACCCAAAGCACAGUUCUGCUGAAACCAGUGGGCACUGUGUACGGAAGCGAUCUAUUGGUGAUAGAAUUCUCCGGCGCACAGCCAGUGCACCAGCAAAAGGUAGAAAGAAAAGCAAGAUGGGUUUUCUGGAAGCUACUGAAAUUAAAGACAGUGCAUCAGAACCAACAGACCCGAAGGACAAAGGAGUUGUAAGGCGUACAAGCCGGAGCUUGCAAGCACGUCCUGCUUCUAUGCCCGUGGACAAAUAUCUUCUUGUAGGACUGCCAUGCCCAGCAGAUGAAACUGCCCAAGAUGCCAAAGGGAAAGAAAACACAUCUGCCAACAGUGAUGGCAAUACAAACGAGAAGGAAACAAACUUGAAAGAAUCUGUUUUUCCGUGUUCAGAGAAACCAGCAAAUACUUCAAAUUUGGCAUCUCAGUUUAAGAAGAAUGACCAGGAGACUACAGUUGACUCUUUAGCAUCACCUCUACAGGAGCAACCUGAAAAUUUAGUUUUUGCAAGUGGAGUAGCUGAAGCAAAUCACCUUAUAGACUAUCAGGAAAAUAAUCUUUCUGAUGAAACUGUCCCUCUAAUGCAGCACUCUGAUUUUGAACUUGCCACAGAAAAAACGCAUAACAAAAACUGUGCAGACAAUAAAAAGGAAGAUGAUGCAAAAGGGUCUAAGGAGGAGAAAAUAACUCAUGUAGGGACUUCCCUUUCCCCAAAAGAAGAGAUGGAAAGUAAAAAAUAUGACAUCAUCAAGAAAAGCACUGCAGCCCUUUUUUCUUUGACAGGUAUUUCUUCUACCACUUGCCCUGAUGCACCUGAUUUGCACUCUAGUCUAACCAUGCAAGACAGUGACCUUUCUCGCCUUAUAGAUGAAGUUUCUUUAGUGAAUGAGAGCGAGAUGGAUAGCGCUGUCUCAGCUCUGAUUGGGCAGUUUGAUGUCACAGAUGAUGAAACUAGUCUUACUGCUGUAUCAAGCCUCCAUGGCACUAGCAGCCAGGCCUUCAGUAUGACAGGUACACACACAUGUGUGCUUACCGAGUAUCCUAACAGUCCCUGUAUGCACAACUUUGCUGUCACAAAAGCCAUCAAAUCCCCUUUGUUCUCCACUCCAGAUACUACCCUGUUCUCCAGCCCUGAGACUGCAGAGUAUUCUGUGCACACAGUUGCCCAUGAAGCAACUCUUACGCCAGUUUCUGAAUGUAAGACCCACAAUGGAUUACUUUGCAAGAAGAAAGUAAAUAGUAUAGAAAAUAACAUGCCUAGCUCUCCUUGUCCAUCACCUCUCUCUUUGCUAAAUGCAAAUUCCAAAAGAAUAUGUGGAACAAAAUCUGGAACAAGUUGGGAAGCCUGCAAGACCGCUAGUUCUUUUGCUUCCAAUAGCCUCAUCUUUGAGGAGGCACUUGUUGACCCUCUCAGUGGUGAGAAUUCAGAAAGCAGCAGUCUUAUAGAAGUAGAUGGGGAUUCUCAAGAUCUGUUGAUAACUGCAUGUGAGUAUAAAAGGGAAGAUAUGAGCCAGUUGGCUUCCCCUUUGAAACUGAGGCAAAAGCAGGAUGCUGGGCACGAUGGAGGGAGGCCUUCUGAGAACAGUGCAACUGUUGAGCUCUGUGCUGCUGCCCUGGACUGCUCAGGAAACUUCAGGACUGCAGGGAGUCAUCUCCCUUUUCCAGUGUGUGAAAAUGUUGGUUUCUUGUAUCAUCAUCAUUCAGAUAAACAAAAAAAUGUAAUGUGUACCUCCAAGACAUCCCAGCUCAACAUACACUCACCGCUGCUCAAAAAUGCUUUGUCUUUCCCCCCUCAUUCAGCCAUCAAGCAGACUAGCCCUUGCAAAUCCAAGAGUCUUGGUGACUUGACAUCAGAGGAUAUUUCCUGCAAUUUUGAAAGUAAGUAUCAAUACAUAAGUAGGAGCUUUAUCUCAUCAGGCAUGAGAGACAAGAAACUUGCCUCUAUGAAAAAUAUGAGACCACAUUCAACAGAUGCUCUGACGGAACAGCUGAGGAAGCUGGUGUCCCUGGACCAGGAGGACAGCUGUCAAACGCUGUACUCCAGGCAGAUUGAUGAAGACUGCCCAAAAGCACUGGUCAGAAAACUCUCCUCCAGAAGUCAGAGCAGAGUACGGAAUAUAGCCAGUCGUGCCAAGGAGAGGCAGGAGGCUGCCAGCAAGCAAAAAUCUUCUACCACAAGUAGUGUAGCAGGGGUUAUCCUUCGGAACAAGCCCUCAGCAUGUCCUCAUGUUAUCAACAGGCAUUCAACAGGCUCAUACAUAGCCAGAUACCUGAAUGGCUUCCAUGGGGAGGAUGUGGAGGGCCGAGGAAUGCCAGAGGGUACAUGUUCUGCUUUGCACUAUGGAUGUAGCGACCAGUUAUAUACACAUGAUUCUGUUCUGCAGCUGGAACACAGUAAUGAUGAUAAACCUGAAAUUUAUUUCCUGCUGAGACUGUAGAUUGUAUAAAUGUACAUCUUCAAAGUAUACAAACUAUUACACUGAGAAAUGAAGGAUUUUUAGCAAGAAAUACUUUUUGAGGGAUUAAAUUAUUUAGAAAUGUAAUUUCAUGGUAGUGAGCCAGUCAUGAUUUAAUGUGCCCUUUCUUAUCAAAGCUUAUAUAAACAGAACCCAUGCUUCAUCCUUACAUAUGUAUUAUUUUGAUUUAGAAAUUAUGAAGUAGUCUGGGGACUAUCUGCAUGCAUUAAGCAUUUGUAGCAUUUUGUAUUAGUAAUGCUGUACUUGAAUGCCUGAUAUUGCAAUGAAUGCAACAGUAUUCUGUUUUCCCGAUGUCCUUGUCCUACUGUUUGUAAAACAUUUUUAGUGAUCACUUUUGGCCUUACAUAUGAAUUUUACUAAGAUUGUGCUUUCUGUUACUGGUAAUGUCCCUGGGGUAAGACUGCUGAACUAGGGCUUGUUCUGCCCAAGAAGCAGUAGUCAUGGAAUGAGACCCCCUCAUUGGCAUCACUGUUUUCACUCCGAUUUGUACUUAAUUGUUAAUAUUAUUUUUACAUGUUUCCAUGUACGAGCUAUGAUUAUACAGCAAACAAUUUGUGGAAUUAAGGUUAGUCCCAAUUUGUGAUUAAUGUAGAUUUCUGCACAUUCUAUGAAAUACAAUAACAGUUGUCUUCCUUUUUGGUCACUGUGUUGAAUGUUCAUUUUGGGACAGAGUGGAAUGUGGGAGUAAUUCUGCAUUUAUGAAUGGAAAACACUUAAUUUCUGCAUAUUAUUAUGAAUUUUUGCUAUUGGUUGUAUGUGUAGCUAUGCAGUAGUAGUGCAGUAGCAGAUCUGUUUUCUGUAUAUUUGUAAUUUUAUUGCUAAAUUGUUGACAGUCAGUGAAAUAUUUAAAGCUGACAUGGUAGAGUAAUUAUUUUGACAGUCCAUCUUCGUCUUUUUCCAAAAGUGAAUCGAGUGAUUAAUCGCAAAUACCUGAAGCUUUCCUGCAGCGAACAACAUAGCUUUAUUUUGGUUUUAAGAUAUUCUUUGCCUUUGGUGUAAGUUUCUUAUAUGUAAAAGAUGUACCUUUUACCUUUCUUUUGUAAUGAAGAGUAUUAUUAUUCUUGAAAACAUCAUUAAAAUAGAUUUUUAAGCACUUGA